AUGAACGAGGAACCUCAUGCCCAUGAAAAUCUGGUUGCCAAAGCCCAGAGAUCUGGUGAUAAGGAUCCUGAAGCUGGCAGCACAAGUAGCGAGGAGAGUCUGGGCGAAAGACCCAAAUCGGUAGGGCCGGUCAUUUCCGGGACUACCGAACUUCCAGGAGAUACUACGGCUUCAGGCCCUCAAUCACUGUGCAUAUAUCUACUCGAGCCCUUCAUUUUAGUCCUGCUCUUUGCCUACAAUUUCUCGUCCACCGUUUUGAAGAAUGAAGUCAUAUACCAAAGCUGUACAGCGGGUUUCGGUUAUCCGGAUAGCGUUUGCCAGCUGCUGGGAACCAAGAAUGCCACGAAUGAGACAAAGAGAAUUGAGGAGCUAGUGCAACCAUAUGCUGCCAGGGUUACUUUGGUUAUGAGGAUAGUGGAGUGUUUUGUUCCUGCUUUCUGUGGACUCUUUGCUGGAUCCUGGGCGGAUCGCUAUGGUCGCAAGCCUUUGCUAAUGGGAUCCUUUCUGGGCUACGGCCUACAGUAUCUCAUUUCAGCUGUUAUAUCUUAUUGUGCUAUUCAGACUCAUGGUCUGGUUAGUCCCUGGUGGUAUGUGCUCUCCAUCGUACCACUUUCCUGCCUAGGAAGCAGUGUCACUUAUUCCGUGGCCGCCGUUUGCUUUAUCAGCGAUGUAUCUGAGGGCCGAGUUCGAUCAUACAGGUUGAUCGCCUACGAACUGGCCAUAUAUGUGGGCCUACUCCUUGGUAGCUUUGGUUCAGGUUAUGCCUAUGAGGACACCGAUUCCUAUAUUGUGUUCAGUAUUUCUGCGGUGUCCAUUUUUGGGGCGCUCUUCCUGAUGACAAUUCUACUUCCGGAGAGUUUGCCUAUGAGGAAUCGAGUACAAUCAACUUCAUCGUCUGACACUAGUUUGUUCUCUCUUCUGAAGAAUUUGUGGAGAACCUGCACGAAGCCCCGCGAACACAAAAAUCGCUUUAUUUUACUCACCAUUAUGGUAGUGCUGCUGCUUACCGCUUUUGUCGCAGACGGUAGCAAUUCUGUGUUCUACAAGUUUAUGAGGAUCAAGUUCCAUUGGACCGUAAAGCAGUUUACCGAGUACGAGACGGUUAGCAUUUUGGUACCUGCAGUGGCUGGUUCCGGUGGAUUUCUCUUCCUUUGGUCCUUGAGAAUGUGCACCAAAUCUGCCGUUCUGUGGCUGGCCUUGGUAUCCCUUCUGAGUCACUGUUCCAGUAGCCUUAUGAAGGCCUUUGCCUUGGUCAGCUGGCAGAUCUAUGUGGCCAUAGGAUUGGGCGUGUUUAAAUCCCUUGUAAAUCCCAUGUGUCGCACCAUGAUCACCAAUCUACUGCCGGCCGAUGAACGGGGUAAAAUCUUCGCCCUACUUGGCGUCUUGCAAGCACUCUCCCCUUUGAUAUCAUCUACUCUAUACGUUGCGAUCUAUACCCGAACAUUGGACAGUGAUCCGGGUAUUUUCAAUGUUUUUAGCGCCUUUCUACAUGGCAUAGCCAUUAUUCUUCUGGGCAUUGUUUGGCUUAGGAAGUCGAGAAAUCAGGUGUACUAUGAACCGGUCUUUAAGUGAUUUGUCGUUCAGUCCAAAGUGCAAGAAGAGUGAAAGAAAGCGCCGAUCAAGCCAAACAUUGGCUAUUAGUUACGCUGGGAACUCCCCCAUUUACCUCUUAGCACAAAAUCCACUCAUCCAUAUACUUAUUUACAUAUUCGAUUGUCAUUCAGUCAUAUAAAAAUGUGUGAAGCCAGAGGAAUUGUAGUAUCGCAUACCCUCGACGUUGCUUAUCUUUCGCGAUCUCACUCUCCCUUCCCUUGGGAAAAAUUGUUUAACUACAGUACUCAAAAUAUUUUCUCAUUAACAAAAAUAUGGGUUAUUAUUGCCGCAAACCUGUGGCGUGUGCGCGGUCACUUGACAAUUUUUACGGAAUAUAGAUAAAAAUAUUUAAGACUGUGCAUCCGUUUGUGUGCCCAAUGAUUGGUGCUAACUAGAGAUUUGAGCAAAUGCUAAUUUCACUUGCUAAUUUUAAAUUAGUCGCCAGGUGUAAAAACCCUUGAUCGAGCGUUAUAAGCAACAAACCGAAUGGAACUCAAUUUACGCAUGAAUUUAGUGGCCCAGCAGAGCAGAACGAAAUCCCUGGACUUGUACAUGGAUUGUAUCAGACCAUAUCACAUGAAUUGACAGCAGACCAAUU